AUGGACGAAGGGGCAGUGCAGUCUCGGGGCCAAGAGCAGCUGGAGGUACCUGAGGCCGUAGGAGCUGUCCAGAAGUGCGAGUCAGAGACCUUCAGGUCUAAGAGUUUACCGGUCCUGCACAGCGCCUCCUGCCGGCAGAAUCUCAGUGCUGGGAAUGCAGAUGGCGAACUGGCCUGGGGCUGCCCUGAAGCUUUGGGUCACCAGAUGUGUGGAGGGCGGAACCUGAUAGUCCCUAGUCCUUCCGCCCCAUCCACUUCAGCAGGGACUACAGCGGCAGUUCAGAACUGUAACCACAGGAUGGACCCCAGCAAAACGAUGUCAGUGUCGUCUACUCUGGCCACACUCCAAGAGAGAAGGUGUCUCUAUGUGGUCCUUACCGAUUCUCGCUGCUUCCUAGUGUGCAUGUGUUUUCUGACCUUCAUCCAGGCGUUAAUGGUCUCUGGGUACCUGAGCAGUGUCAUCACAACCAUUGAAAGGCGCUAUAGCCUGAAGAGUUCUGAGUCCGGGCUGCUGGUCAGCUGCUUUGACAUAGGGAACCUGGUGGUUGUUGUGUUCGUCAGCUACUUUGGUGGCCGUGGGCGAAGGCCUCUGUGGCUGGCUGUGGGUGGACUUCUUAUAGCUGUCGGGGCUGCGCUCUUCACCUUACCUCACUUCAUCUCACCUCCCUACCAAAUCCAAGAGUUGAAUGCGUCGGCCUCCAAUGAUGGCCUUUGUCAGAAUGGCAACUCCACGGCUACCUUGGAGCCUCCUCCCUGUCCCAAAGACUCAGGAGGAAAUAAUCACUGGGUCUAUGUGGCUUUAUUCGUUUGUGCACAGGUUCUCAUUGGAAUGGGCUCCACACCGAUUUACACCCUGGGACCAACCUAUUUAGAUGACAACGUCAAGAAAGACAACUCAUCCUUGUACCUAG